CUGCGGGGGCGGGGCUGCGGGCCGCGGAGCGAUCGUCGGGCCGGGGGCCGAGGCGCCGUGAGUGGCCUUUCCGCCACCCCGCCUCGCCGCCGCGGGAGGAUGCGCCAGCGCCUCCUCGAGGAGCAGCAGGUUAUAAAGCAGCUAAAUGGAGUCUGAGCAGCUGUUUCAUAGAGGCUACUAUCGAAACAGUUACAACAGCAUAACCAGUGCAAGCAGCGAUGAGGAGCUUCUAGAUGGAGCGGGUGUAAUUAUGGACUUUCAGACCUCUGAAGAUGACAAUCUCUUGGAUGGUGAUGCAUCAAUUGGGACUCAUUAUACAAUGACAAAUGGAGGAAGCAUCAACAGUUCAACACAUUUACUGGAUCUUCUGGAUGAGCCAAUUCCUGGAGUAGGAACGUACGAUGACUUCCAUACCAUUGACUGGGUUCGAGAGAAGUGCAAAGACAGAGAAAGGCACAGACGGAUUAACAGCAAGAAGAAGGAAUCAGCAUGGGAGAUGACAAAGAGUUUGUAUGAUGCAUGGUCAGGAUGGCUCGUAGUCACACUUACUGGCUUGGCAUCAGGGGCGCUGGCAGGAUUAAUUGACAUUGCUGCUGACUGGAUGACUGACUUGAAGGAAGGCAUUUGCCUUAGUGCUUUGUGGUUUAACCAUGAACAAUGUUGCUGGGGUUCAAAUGAGACCACGUUUGAAGAGAGAGAUAAAUGUCCUCAAUGGAAAACUUGGGCAGAACUAAUAAUUGGGCAAGCAGAAGGUCCAGGUUCAUACAUAAUGAACUACAUAAUGUACAUUUUCUGGGCUUUGAGCUUUGCCUUCUUAGCGGUUUGUCUGGUGAAGGUGUUUGCUCCAUAUGCCUGUGGCUCGGGGAUACCUGAGAUAAAAACUAUUUUGAGUGGCUUCAUCAUCAGAGGUUACCUGGGGAAGUGGACUUUGAUGAUAAAAACCAUCACUUUAGUCCUGGCUGUAGCAUCAGGUUUGAGUUUAGGAAAAGAAGGUCCCUUGGUCCAUGUUGCCUGCUGCUGUGGGAAUAUUUUUUCCUACCUCUUUCCAAAGUACAGCACAAAUGAAGCUAAAAAACGAGAGGUAUUGUCAGCUGCAUCAGCAGCCGGAGUGUCUGUAGCCUUUGGUGCCCCAAUUGGUGGAGUCCUGUUCAGUCUGGAGGAGGUCAGUUACUAUUUCCCACUGAAAACUUUGUGGAGAUCAUUUUUUGCUGCUUUGGUGGCUGCGUUUGUUUUAAGGUCCAUCAAUCCCUUUGGUAACAGCCGCCUAGUUCUUUUUUAUGUGGAAUAUCACACUCCUUGGUACCUUUUUGAACUGCUACCUUUCAUUCUUUUGGGAGUAUUUGGUGGGCUCUGGGGAGCAUUUUUCAUCCGAGCAAACAUUGCAUGGUGUCGCCGACGCAAAUCGACAAAAUUUGGGAAGUACCCUGUCCUGGAGGUCAUCAUUGUUGCAGCAAUAACAGCUGUCAUUGCAUUUCCCAAUCCAUACACGAGGCUAAACACCAGUGAGCUUAUUAAAGAGCUCUUCACAGACUGCGGGCCAUUGGAGUCCUCCUCCCUCUGUGACUACAGAAACGAUAUGAACGCAAGCAAAAUAGUAGAUGAUAUUCCUGACCGUCCAGCAGGCACUGGAGUCUAUUCAGCUAUAUGGCAGUUGUGUUUAGCACUCAUAUUUAAAAUAAUCAUGACUGUCUUCACAUUUGGUAUCAAGGUUCCAUCUGGGUUGUUCAUACCCAGUAUGGCAAUUGGAGCAAUAGCAGGAAGGAUUGUAGGAAUUGCAGUGGAGCAGCUGGCUUACUAUCAUCACGACUGGUUCAUUUUCAAGGAGUGGUGUGAAGUUGGAGCUGACUGUAUUACGCCUGGUCUUUAUGCCAUGGUUGGUGCUGCUGCCUGUUUAGGUGGUGUGACAAGGAUGACUGUGUCCCUGGUAGUUAUUGUCUUUGAGCUAACAGGAGGGCUGGAGUAUAUUGUGCCCUUAAUGGCUGCAGUCAUGACCAGUAAGUGGGUAGGAGAUGCCUUUGGUAGGGAAGGCAUCUAUGAGGCACACAUCCGACUGAAUGGAUAUCCCUUCUUGGAUGCAAAGGAGGAGUUUACUCACACAACACUGGCUGCUGAUGUUAUGAGACCUCGAAGAAGCGACCCACCGUUAGCUGUUUUAACCCAGGAUAAUAUGACAGUUGAAGACAUAGAGAACUUGAUCAACGAAACCAGCUAUAAUGGUUUUCCUGUUAUUAUGUCAAAAGAGUCGCAGAGACUAGUGGGCUUUGCUUUAAGAAGAGAUUUAACUAUUGCAAUAGAAAGUGCAAGGAAGAAGCAGGAAGGGAUUGUUGGCAGUUCCAGGGUCUGUUUUGCCCAGCACACCCCAUCGCUUCCAGCAGAAAGCCCUCGGCCUUUGAAGCUUAGAAGCAUACUUGACAUGAGCCCUUUCACCGUGACAGACCACACACCUAUGGAGAUAGUGGUGGAUAUUUUCCGGAAGUUGGGUUUGAGGCAGUGCCUUGUGACACACAAUGGGAUUGUCUUGGGGAUCAUCACAAAGAAGAACAUAUUAGAGCAUCUCGAGCAACUAAAGCAGCACGUCGAACCCUUGGCGCCUCCUUGGCAUCAUAACAAAAAAAGAUAUCCUCCGUCAUAUGGCCCAGACGGCAAACCAAGACCCCGCCUCAAUAAUGUUCAACUGAAACCCAUAGCUGAGGAGAGAGAGGAAACUGAAGAGGAGGUUCAUUUGUUGAAUAGCACAACACUUUAGUCUGGGAGAUGCUUCUAAAAAUCAGAAACGAGAGCUGGGUUUUUGCGUAACGGUGCUGCUGGAAAUCAGGAGUUGGUCUGGGGGAGGAUGUGGAGAGGAGGAAGGCUGUUGGGAGCAUGGAGCUGCUGUCCUGCACUGGAUGCGUCCUGAGAUGUCCGGUCUGCCAUGAUAGUGCAGUGGGAGAGCCGUGCGAGGUGGCACAAUUCUCCAGCCCCAGCCUGGUACUUCAGCAUCAAAGAGAUGUGUUACUAGUCCCUAUUUCUGGAGGGAUCCUUCUGAAUUGAGCCAUCUUAUGGAGACUGAAAGGUCUUGCCCUUUUUACCAUUGAAAACUGUUGUGUUAGCUCAUGAAAUGUAUAGUUAUUACACGUCACCUUCCUACAUUCCAGAAGAGCUUUAUUUCUCUCUCUCCUGAGCCGUAACAAAGCCUCUUUAAAUUGGUGUGCCCUUUUGAAGUAGUUGUUUCUCAUAUUGAGAUGUACUGUGAGUUACUGAGGUUGGAUCACAAGGAGGGAGGUUUUGCUUGUGCCAUCAAGUGCGUAAGGUCGAACAUCGUGAAGUGCUUGGGGCAGUACAGAACUACUGCGACAAAAGCAGACUGAGCAGGAAAUGCCUUGCAAAGAGCCAUGCGAAACAUCUUUCAGCCCAUCUGUCGUGAUGAGAGAAAAAGUAAACAAAAGAAAGUAGAGUUGCAGAGAAAAAAUGCUGGUUUUGCUGCAGAAAAUAUCAAUGUGACCUGAUCUUAUGCAAUUUUUGUAUUGUCGAAACACUAGGGUAUAUACCAAUGUUGUGCAGUAUCAGGAAGAGUACUGCUGUUCUACUAGUUAAGAGCUGGAACAAUUCUGUAUACGUGUAUCUGGAAAAAUGCAUGCUACAGCACUGGAGAUAUUUCCCCUCUGUAAAGUUUGAGAUCGCUCAGUUUUAUUUUCUCUUCUGAACAAAAGACGUCCCACUGCUGACAUGGUAGGAAGAAACGUAACUCAUAACUUGCACUAAUGUAUAUUAUUUUUCUUGAGGUUUUACCAUUAUUUAUAUUUUUAUGAAUGAGAAAAAUCUAUUAAAUACAAAUCAGUUGAUGUCUCACCUAACUAAUUACCUUUUUAAUGUGAUUUUAUAUAAUAAUUCGUAAUCCUCUGCGAGUAAUGGAGGAUUAGCAAAUGUUUACAACUAGAUGAAGGGUUUAAACAAAAUUGUUUCUUUACAAUCCAACAUGCAUAUAAGGUGAUUUUCAGAUGUAACUCUCACUGCCGUUACCUUAAGACUUCCUUUUCCCUUUCUGAGCAGAUAACUGGAACAGUAAUACUAAAAACAUUAUUUGAAAAAAUCAGGGUUUUAAAACGAAUAGGAAGCAACUAUGAUUAUUAGAUUGCUUUAGACUUUUUUUUCUGAGUACACAGAGGUGUGAAUGAUACACAGCCACAGAAGGUGAGCAGCAGGGCAGAAUCGAAUCCAGUACUGGAAAGCUUGGCAGGACUUCAGAGCUGAGCAGCACCACAUGCGCCAGAGGUGAGCUGACACGUUCCAAACAUCUUUUGGCCACCUGAUUCAUUUUUCUUCAGCUUUUCAAAGCACCACAAACACAUGUGGAAACAAAGGCAGCGUGCUG